GGGUUGAAACCAGCACCGAAGCCACACGAGAGCAAGCAGAUGAAGAGAUAGCACAGCUCUUCCGUCCCUACAUCGGCUUUUUUGCUCGUAAAGGGUUGCAGCUGAAUGAGGUGAUUUUGGAAGAUGUGGAUGUCUCGAAGGCCAUCAUCGAGUACAUCUCCGCCAACCACAUCCAGAAUAUUGUUGUUGGUGCCUCAAACAGGAAUGCCCUCAUGAGGAGAUUCAGGAACCCUGAUGUCCCAUCAAACUUGACUAAAGCUGUGCCAGAGUUUUGUGCGGUGCACGUCAUAUGCAAAGGGAAGCCAAUAACAGUCCGGGCAGCAAAAGGUUCCUCGCCUGCUAAUGCUGCCCCUCCAAGACAACCACCAGCAAGGCAUCGGUUGUCUCACCAAGCAACAGAUGCAGAAGACAGUGUGAGAAACCCAUUCGGAAGGGCAAGUCUCAGAGGUCUGGGUACGCACCCUGCUUCAUUGGAGAGAACAUCCUUUGAGGGACAAUAUGAUUACAUGAAAACAACCUCCAGGGAUAGGCCUCUCGCUGGAGCUAGGUCGGCAAGCAAUGCAUCAUUUGACAGCCUCGACUCCUCUGUCCGUGCGCCAAGGUUUUUCCAUGGUGAUACUGAUUUACAAGACAACAUGGGCCUCCAAUCCAUGGAAUUCAGCGACUCACUCGAGUUUUCAUCAUCAGCAUCUUUUGCCAACCAUCCUGCCAUUGCUGGACAAGAUGUUGAGGCUGAAAUGAAAAGACUCAGACUCGAGCUAAAACGGACCAUGGAGAUGUAUAAUACAGCAUGCAAAGAAGCAAUCAUGGCGAAACAGAAGGCUCGAGAGCUGCAACAAUGGAAGAUGGACGAAACUCGUAUGUUCGAGGAAUUAAAGCAUGCAGAAGAGACAGCCCUCGCAAUUGCUGAAAUGGAGAAAGCCAAGUGCCAAGCCGCCAUUGAAGCUGCUGAAGCAGCACAAAAGAUUGCAGAACAUGAGGCGCAAAAGAGACUGAAUGCAGAGUUGAAGGCAAAGCGUGAAGCAGAAGAGAAGAAGAAAGCACUGGAAGCUUUAGUUCAAAAUGAUGUUCGCUAUAGGAAGUAUACCAUUGAAGACAUAGAAGUGGCUACCAAUGAAUUCUCAGCAGCCUUGAAGAUUGGGGAAGGUGGAUAUGGGCCCGUGUACAAAGCUUCAUUGGAUCACACACCUGUUGCGAUUAAAGUUUUAAGACCUGAUGCAGCACAUGGGAGGAGGCAAUUCCUGCAAGAGGUUGAGGUGCUGAGCUGUAUUCGGCAUCCCAACAUGGUCUUGCUACUUGGUGCAUGUCCCGAGUAUGGCAUUUUGGUAUAUGAAUACAUGGACUAUGGGAGUUUAGAAGACAGACUCUUCCGUCGAGGCAACACUCCCCCAAUCCCAUGGACGGUGCGUUUUAAAAUCGCCGCAGAGAUAGCUACUGGACUAUUGUUCCUCCACCAGGCUAAGCCAGAACCUCUGGUUCACCGAGACCUGAAGCCAGCAAACAUCCUCCUAAAUCGCAAUUACGUAAGCAAGAUCAGUGAUGUGGGCCUAGCAAGACUAGUCCCACCAUCUGUAGCAAAUAAUGUUACACAGUACAGAAUGACGUCCACUGCUGGAACAUUUUGUUACAUCGACCCGGAGUACCAACAGACAGGCAUGCUUGGUGUCAAAUCUGACAUAUACUCUUUGGGAAUAAUGCUGCUCCAGAUCAUCACAGCAAAGCCUCCGAUGGGCCUCACGCACCAUGUGGAGAGAGCAAUCGAAAAAGGAGCCUUCGAACAAAUGCUCGAUCCAGCCGUGACUGAUUGGCCUGUUGAGGAGGCUCUUUCAUUUGCUAAACUCGCUUUGAAGUGUGCAGAACUGAGAAGGAAAGAUCGACCUGAUCUCGGGACAGUCAUCUUGCCCGAGCUCGACCGGUUCAGAAAGUUUGGACAUGCAUACAAAGAAAAUGCUGGUGGCAAUAUUUUUGGCCCUUCACCACACAGUUCUAACAUUUCACAACCGAGAAUCAGAUCUCACACCACUCAGGAUCAGGUAUCCAGCAAUUCCAUUUCUAGUGCUCCAUGGUUGUCUUCAGCUGAUAUCUGAGAGCUAUCGUGGCAUCAAUUGAAAGAAAAACAAGAUUUUCAUAGGCCGUCCCAGGGGAAUCAGAGAAGGUUGGCAAACAUAAGGUCUGGAUCUUGGGCUAUUCAAAUGUUGUAAUGAGACUGCAACCAACGAUGUUCCACAUAUUGACAUUUUGCCUCCUCAAAAUACAGGAAAUUAAAAUCUCCUACAACUUCUGUUGGCA